AGGUCGUGUAGAGCUGGGAGAUGUCUCCUUUUAAUCAGAAAUUUGCGCGCUACAAUCAUGUCUCACUAACAAAGGGUUUUCAUUAUGUUUCAGAGUUUCUGACAAACUGGUUUUCCAGAAAAUCGGAUCUUCAAGAGUUAUUGGCACGAACCCUUUUAGGCUUUUUACUAUCCGAUACUCUCUAUCGAUCGACGUAUGAACGAUUGAAAAGUGGUGUUACAGUAGAAUAGUGUUCCUCGUUAGUCACUAUUGUUAUGGUUGGAUGUUAUCUGACGGUUUCUAAUAUUUUCUGAUUAGGCUAUUUGUCGAGCAGAAAGAUUGAGAAACUAGCAUUUAUCUAAUAAAUGCUCUUUCGUCAAAAGACAAAAAACGGCUAUCGAGACACAAACUUUCACAAAAAUACUAAUAAUGGGAUCUCUCCAGAUGUCCAACUUCUACUUCAAUGAUCUUUUGCCUAUAGAUACUAUAGUGUCCUACCAUCUAUGAAAAUUUUUUGAAUGCAACAAUGUUCAGUGUUUUCGAUGUUGGUUUAAACCGAGAAUCGGUUUUUCGGUUCGAAAAGCGAAACUGAUACAUACCUAGAUGGAGCUGCUGAACUUUCUCUGUUCGGAUGUAAUGGAAAAAUUAUUCUGCUCUGAGAAAAAACAAAAUCGAUCUCAAAAUGUUGGAUUUUGGCCGAGUUAUAAAAAUUUACCUCCUUGUCCCAAAACUGCAUUUUGAAUUCGACGAUUUCAAAUAAAAUCGAUAAAAGGAAAAAGUUCUAUGCCAGCCGCUAGUAAUUAUGAAAAAUUUUAAAUAUAAUCAGUUGAUAGAGCUUUCGAGGAUUACAAAAUGUCUAUCUUCUCUUUUUCAUAUUCCAAAAUAUGAAGGGCUAAAAUUGCAAAGAGUGGUUUUGGGGUUACAAAGUGAUCGAGAUUGAAGCUUUGCAGUAUUUCCUCUAUAUUCGUUUAUUUUUACAGUAUAUAGAAAAAUGUUCAACAUUUUAUUUUUAGAGAAUGAAAUGGCAAAUCUUUUAAAGGGAAGUUUAAGUCUUUGCGGUCAAAAAACUGAAAAAAUUAUUUAAAAAAUACGGAGAAUGUAGUUUCUUCGGAAGCACCCGUUAUCGCAUUCGUAUGAUUAAAUUUCCUUUUUGUUUUUCCUUAGGCAGUACGAGAGGACCCGGCAUAUUUUUUAUUUUACCUUGUGUUGAUACCUUUUCUACUGUUGAUAUUCGUACGGUAUCAUUCGAUGUACCACCGCAGGAAAUUUUGACACGAGACAGUGUAACAGUUGCCGUUGAUGCUGUUGUUUAUUAUCGUGUAUUUAAUCCAACUAUAUCAGUGGCCAACGUUGAAAAUGCUCAAGAAAGCACACGUUUACUGGCUCAAACAUCAUUGAGAAAUGUAUUAGGUACAAGAUUAUUGUCGGAAUUAUUGUCUGAUCGUGGUGCAGUAUCGAAUCACAUGAGAGAAUGUUUAGAUGAAACAACAGACCAUUGGGGAAUUAAAGUCGAAAUUAAAGAUGUUCGAUUACCAACCAUUUUACAACGAAUUAUGGCAGCUGAAGCAGAAGCAGCAAGAGAAGCUAGAGCAAAAAUCAUCGUUUCAGAAGGUGAAUAUAAAGCGUCAAAAGCCCUGAAACAAGCAGCCGAUAUUUUAGGUCAAUCACCGUAUGCUAUUCAAUUACGAUAUCUUCAAACAUUAAGUAAUAUUGCUGCUGAACAAAAUAGCACAAUUAUUUUUCCUUUACCGAUGGAAUUCUUACAAAUUCUUCGUCCUUCUACAACUGCUGUUUCUUUAUCGCGUCCACACACAAAUACACCAACACUUGCAACAUCAACCGAUAAAGAUAAAGAUAGCAGCGAACUGUUUGAUCCAAUAAAUUCGUCUCUGUUAAGAACAGAUUUGCCUCUUGUAAAACCAGCAGAUACAAUAACCACCAUAGCACCAGUUGAUUCAAAUUCUCUAACAAUCACAUCGACGUUGAAUGAAAAAUUAGAUUCGCGUAGACAGAGGCGACAAAAACAUCGAUUAAAUGCAUUACAAGCAAAAACUCAAUACUCUACAUCAACAGCUAUUUGA